AUGUCUUUGAAACAGCAGAAAGAACACAACCUAUCAGAAGAACUAAAUAGUAAUCAGCACAAUGAUGCGGAUGCUCUGGAGUCUGUAUUAUCGCAUGUGGGAAGUAUGGGGCUUUACCAAAAGCUGCUUUUCGUAGCGAUGAUGCCGUUUGGUAUAUUCUAUGCCUUCGUCUACUGCGUACAGAUGUUCAUAGUGGCCACACCGCAAAACCAUUGGUGCAGGGUUCCGGCGCUGGCCAAUUUAAGUAUGGAGUGGAGGAAAAACUUAUCGGCACCAGUGACCUCAAGCGGCGAAAUUGAACGCUGCAUGACAUUUGUCACGAACUGGACCUACGUUCUGGAGACGAUGACACCGCCACCAGAAGAAACACCGAUGAUCCCGUGCCAGCAUGGCUGGGAGUUUGAUCGAGUUGAUAUCCCUUAUGAGACCAUAGUUUCUGAGAGAGGUUGGGUAUGCGGUUCUGCAAGCUAUAUACCGAUUGCGCAGUCUUUUUUUUUCGCUGGAUCUUUGUUUGGUGCUAUGAUUCUAGGAUAUAUAGCUGAUCAGUUUGGCAGAGUACCCGCUUUGAUAGGAGCAAACCUGAUUGGCGGUAUUGGUGGUGUAGCAACCAUUUUUACCAGUGGCGUGUGGGAUUUCAUUUUCUGUAGAUUUCUCGCCGGUAUAGCCUAUGAUAACUGCUUCAUGAUGGUGUACAUUUUAGUUCUCGAAUAUGUAGGUACACAAUACCGCACUUUGGUAGGAGCAACGUCGAUCGCUUUGUAUUUUGGUGCUGGCUCUAUGGCGCUCCCGUGGAUAGCGCUUUGGGCGAACGAUUGGCGCUUGUUAAUGUGGAUUACUUCUCUACCCAUGUUUAUAGUAAUACUAGCGCCAUGGCUUCUACCUGAGAGUGCCCGAUGGUUAGCAAGUACCGGCCGCAUCAAUCAAGCUGUAAAGGUCCUAAAGAGAUUUGAGACUAUCAAUGGAACAAAAAUUCCAGAUAAUAUAAUGGGUGAAUUUAUAGUAUCAUCAAACACAGGAAAUAAAAAGGAGUCAUAUAUGGCCCUGUUCAAGAGUGCACCUCUUCGCAAGUCAAUGGUCUUGAUGGUGUUAUAUUACAUGGGAGGUACAGCUAUCUUUGACGGUUUGGUGCGACUUUCGGAUUCUUUUGGAUUAGACUUCUUCGUCACGUUUACGUUGACAUCAGCUACUGAAAUUCCAUCUAUUGCCUUUCUCGUCGUUGUUCUUGACAGAUGGGGCAGACGAAAUCUUGGUUUCGGUCCAAUGACAUUAACUGGCGUCUUAAUACUUAUUGCGCUCUUUGUACCUAAAGGUAUCACUCAAGCAGCUUUAGCGAUAACGGCACGAUUUUUUCUAAACAUGUCAUAUUGUGCAUCGAUCCAAUGGGCGACAGAGAUCUUGCCAACUCCUUUCAGAGCUUCAGGGUCCUCUAUUCUGCACAUGACUGGAUAUGUAGCUACUGCGAUGUCUCCUUUUAUAAUCUAUUCGGAGCACAUUUGGUCGAAGCUGCCUUUACUUUUUAUGGGUAUUAUAUCGCUGAUUUCGGCUGGAAUCAGUCUAUUAUUACCUGAGACUCAGGGAAAGCAGAUGCCUCAAACUGUGACUGAUAGCGAAAAUAUUAUAAGACAACAAAGACUGUGCGGUAAACCAGAGAAUGAUUAA